GAUUUAGUAUUUUUUUGGACUCUGUUGUUAACGGUUGCUCGCUCGCACGUUCGACGCCCGAUCGCGUUCGUCUGACUACAAGAUACAAGAUACAAUAUAUCUACCAGUACGGUUUCCCAUUAAAAAACACCGAACGUUUCAAAACAAAAACCCAAAAUGUUGCAACCAAAUAAAAUACAUGUUUAAAUCGCCUAUACACUUAUAUUUAUGAGAAAAGAAAUUGUUAGAAAAGUCCCGAAUAAUACCCAGCCCUCCCCCAAGCAACAACAACAAAAACAACAAGUGCAAUUCAUCGGCAGAAAUUGAAAUAAAGUGCAAAUGCAUUGUAGCUGAACCUCAGAAAAUAGGAAAAAUACAUACAUACAAACGUAGUGAAGAAGCAGGCGGAGGUGAAACACACAUAGUUCUUUAAAUAACGCAAAUCGGAGAGCAUAUAUUCAUAUUUGUACAGAUAUUAUAUAUCAUCAUCGGCUGCAUAGUGCAAAUCGCGGAUGAGGGAAUUCGACGGGACCGAAAUGUAAAUAGGAAGAUUCCCGACGACGACGACGGUGAAAGCAGGAAAACAGAACUCGAAAUUGAAAUCGAAACAAACAUCAACAAAGCGGCGAACAGACGAGUCUAGUCGACGUCUGUGGAACGCCGUAGACAUUAUUAUUAUCCGCAUCCCACAAUAGUAUCUCAAAGAUAGUGCGCGAGUGAGUGAGCAAGGGAUUUGUGCUGUGGAUUCCCUUUUACAAAUAUAUACAUAUAGUGAAAAGAAAAGAUAUUUACCAAAUAUUCCAAACUGGAAUAUCUUCCAUUCAAGAACACAGUGAGCCCAUGGAUACUUGUGGAUUAGUAGCAGAACUGGCGCACUAUAUCGAUGCAUAUGCUCUGAUUGUUUCGCGUACUGAAUGAGCAGGAGUUCGGGCGAAAAUGUAUUUUGAACGCAAGCAAGUGCGCAAAAAAUACUAGAUCAGCCAGAAAAACGCCCAGAAAACACCGCCAGCAGAGUAAGCCGAACCUCGGACCACACCGCCGAGCUUCGCAACAGCAACAAAGGAUCUUACCAGGAGAAGCCAAUUCUCCGCAUUAUCGACCAACUGCCAGGGACAAGCCCCUUGUCCCCAGCCGACGCGUAGUGAUCCGAGAAACGGCCCCAAAACGGCGACCAUCGGCUACCAGAGGAUGAAGCGGCGCUGGUCAAACAACGGCGGCUUCGCGCGGCUACCGGAGGAGUCCUCCUCCGAGGUCACCUCCUCCUCGAACGGGCUCGUCCUGCCCUCGGGUGUGAACAUGUCGCCCUCGUCGCUGGACUCACACGACUACUGCGACCAGGAGCUCUGGCUGUGCGGCAACGAGACCGGUGGUCCGUACGGCAGUUCCAACGGCAACGGACUGAAUCAGCAGCAGCAGCAAAGCGUCAUCACUUUGGCCAUGCACGGCUGCUCUAGUACCCUGCCCGCCCAGACCACCAUAAUCCCAAUCAACGGGAACGGCAAUGGAGGAAAUGGAGGCUCCACCAAUGGCCACUAUGUGCCGGGCGCCACCAAUCUAGGUGCCUUGGCCAACGGCCAUGGAAUGCUCAAUGGAGGGCUCAACGGAAUGCAGCAGCAGAUGCAGAAUGGCCAUGGCCUUAUCAACUCCACCACCCCCACGACGCCCACCACCCCGCUUCAUCUCCAGCAGUCCCUCGGUGGCGCAGGGGGCGGAAUGGGUCUUCUUCACCACGCGAAUGGCAACUCCAAUGGCCUCAUCGGCGUCGCAGGUGUCGGCGGAGGAGUCGGAAUGGGCGGAGGCGGAAUGGGAGUAGGAGUGGGAGGCCUGGGAAUGCAGCACACGCCGCGAAGCGAUUCAGCGAAUUCCAUUUCAUCAGGUCGCGAUGAUCUCUCGCCAUCGAGCAGCCUGAACGGAUACUCGGCGAACGAGAGCUGCGAUGCGAAGAAGAGCAAGAAGGGACCGGCGCCGCGGGUGCAGGAGGAGCUGUGCCUGGUCUGCGGCGACCGGGCGUCGGGCUACCACUACAACGCCCUCACCUGCGAGGGCUGCAAGGGCUUCUUCCGGCGCAGCGUGACGAAGAGCGCCGUCUACUGCUGCAAAUUCGGGCGGGCCUGCGAAAUGGACAUGUACAUGCGGCGCAAGUGCCAGGAGUGCCGGCUGAAAAAGUGCCUGGCCGUGGGCAUGAGGCCGGAGUGCGUCGUCCCCGAGAACCAGUGCGCCAUGAAGCGGCGCGAGAAGAAGGCCCAGAAGGAGAAGGACAAGAUGACCACGUCGCCCAGCUCGCAGCACGGCGGCAACGGGGGAAGCGUGGGCUCUGGCAAUGCCCACGACUUUGUUAAGAAGGAGAUCCUUGACCUGAUGACAUGCGAGGCGCCACAGCAUGCCACUAUUCCGCUACUACCUGAUGAAAUUUUGGCCAAGUGUCAAGCGCGCAAUAUACCUUCAUUAACGUACAAUCAGUUGGCCGUUAUAUACAAAUUAAUUUGGUACCAGGAUGGCUAUGAGCAGCCAUCCGAAGAGGAUCUCAGGCGUAUAAUGAGUCAACCCGAUGAGAACGAAAGCCAGACGGACGUCAGCUUUCGGCACAUCACAGAGAUAACCAUACUCACAGUCCAGCUGAUUGUUGAGUUUGCCAAGGGUCUACCAGCGUUUACAAAGAUACCCCAGGAGGACCAGAUCACGUUACUAAAGGCCUGCUCGUCGGAGGUAAUGAUGCUGCGCAUGGCUCGCCGCUACGAUCACAGCUCGGACUCCAUAUUCUUCGCGAAUAACCGAUCCUAUACGCGGGACUCGUACAAAAUGGCCGGAAUGGCUGACAAUAUUGAAGACCUGCUGCAUUUCUGCCGCCAAAUGUUUUCGAUGAAGGUGGACAACGUCGAAUACGCGCUACUCACUGCCAUUGUGAUCUUCUCGGACCGGCCGGGCCUUGAGAAGGCCCAACUAGUCGAAGCGAUCCAGAGCUACUACAUCGACACGCUACGCAUUUAUAUACUCAAUCGCCACUGCGGCGACUCCAUGAGCCUUGUCUUCUACGCCAAGCUGCUCUCGAUCCUCACCGAGCUGCGCACGCUGGGCAACCAGAACGCCGAGAUGUGCUUUUCGCUUAAGCUCAAGAACCGCAAGCUGCCCAAGUUCCUCGAGGAGAUCUGGGACGUGCACGCCAUCCCGCCCUCGGUGCAAUCGCAUCUCCAGGUAACCCAGGAGGAGAACGAGCGACUCGAGCGGGCGGAGCGUAUGCGCGCCUCGGUUGGUGGGGCCAUAACUGCCGGACUCGACACCGAGUCGGCCUCCACUUCGGCGGCAGCGGCAGCGGCGGCGGUUCAGCAUCAACCUCAGCCUACGAACCAGACCCAAAACGAUGCACAGCAUCAAUCGCAGACGCAGCAGGCGCAGCCUCAGUUGCAACCGCAGUUGCAGCCACAGUUACAGCCGCAGUUGCAGGCUCAAUUGCAACCGCAGCUUCAGGCGCAGCCUCUCCAGGCGCAACCCCAGCUUCUUACCGUUCCCGUCACCGUUCCCAUCACCGGAGGACCCUCGCCUGGUUCCGUUUCGGCGGUCAGUACGAGCAGCGACUUUAUUGGCGGCAGUGGGUCCAUAGGAUCCAUCUCGGCGGCGGCGACAACCUCCUCGGUGACUGCUGUGCCCGCCAGCUCCACCACUCCGGCCGUGGCGAUGGGCAAUGGAGUUCGAGUGGGCGUGGGUGUAGGAGUCGGAGUGGGCGGCAAUGUCAGCAUGUAUGCGAACGCCCAGACGGCGAUGGCCCUGAUGGGCGUGGCCCUGCAUUCGCACCAGGAGCAACUCAUCGGCGGAGUGGCGGUCAAGUCGGAGCACUCGACGACGGCAUAGCAGACGCAGUCGCAGCGCCACCAACAGACCAUCGGAAUCCUGCUGGAUUGAGGAGGGCAGCUGAGGAGUUUAGUUUCGAAAAUAGAAGUGAAUAAUUAAUGGACAAGCGUAAAAUGCAGUUAUUUAGUCUUAAGCCUGCAAAUAUUAGAGUUUAUCUAUUAUUCAUACGAUUUAACAGAUAACACAGCCUAUUAACAAUUACGAAAGCUUAUUUGAAACAAGCUUCUACCACAAUUGGACAAACGCGUUGAGAAACAGAGAGAGAGAGAGACGGACAAAUGUAAAAUCAUGAAGUUUAGAAUCAAAUCUUUGGUGGGCGGACUCACGCCUCACGAUCAAUUCUCGAAUUUUGUUAUUCAAUUUGAUCCUCCGAACUGCAUGCGAAACAGAUAACAGAUCAGAAAAAAGAACAGAGAGUAGGGCGAGACCAGAGAGAAGAGAAUAAAGAUUGUUUAUAUUUUAAAAAUAUAUAAAAUAAUAAUUACUAACUGUAAACUUAAUGAAAGCAACUGUAUAAUACCUAACUAUUACUCUAAAUCCUUACGUUAGAGAAUCGAGUAAAUCUGUUAAAGGAAAAUAAUAGUUAUGAUAAUAACAUUAACAUCCACCAUAACUAAAUACAUUUAAAUUAAUUCAAAACAAAAAACUCUAAAAAAAAAACAUGCAAAACUUGGACUGAUUUUAUAAAUAUUUUUUAAUC